UUAUUUUUUUGCCUUAUGAUUUUUUUUUUUCUAUUUUGUUCAGUUGAUAUUUGGUCAGUGGGAUGCAUUAUGGCUGAACUGUUGACUGGAAGAACGUUGUUCCCUGGUACAGACCAUAUUGAUCAGUUGAAGCUCAUUUUGAGACUCGUUGGAACCCCAGGGCCUGAGCUUUUGAAGAAAAUCUCCUCAGAGUCUGCGAGAAACUACAUUCAAUCUUUAUCUUACAUGCCGAAAAUGAACUUUGAAAAUGUGUUUAUUGGUGCCAAUCCAUUAGCUGUGGACUUGCUAGAGAAGAUGUUGGUACUGGAUACAGACAAACGAAUUACUGCAGCAGAAGCGUUGGCUCACGCCUACUUUGCUCAGUAUCACGACCCAGAUGACGAACCAGUGGCAGACCCCUACGACCAGUCUUUUGAAAGCAGAGAGCUUGAGAUUGAGGAAUGGAAAAGCCUGACUUACGAUGAAGUAAUCAGCUUUGUGCCACCGCCGCUUGACCAAGAGGAGAUGGAGUCCUGAGAAACUGCUCUCUUCUCUUUGUCCCACUUCACUGUGAGGGGAAGGCCUUUUCGUAGGGACUCUCCAACUAUCAUUCAAGUGCCUCGCCACAACAAUAUUCUCCUUGGUGGAAGGGUUUUGUGUGUGUUGAAUUGGGGAGGGUGGGGGGAGGGAGGAAAGCUGAGUCUAUGUAAACAUGCUGCAUGCUCUCUUGUGUUCUGUGUACAGCCUGGAGCAAGUCUCUGAAGACCUGUUCUGACUGCUCUUUAGUCCUUCCACAGGAAGCUUCAACCAGUUUGUGCUGCUGGGGUGAGGAGGAGAAGGUGACAUUCGAAGUUGGUUACAGUUGUUGCCAUUUAUCAGUUGUUCUACAACUAACCUCAAAAUGAGGAAAGUUGGUUCAUAGGCUUAGAGAGCCCUCUUGUUUUUUUCAGGAGUGAAUGUAGGGUUGAGGGAUGUCCUUGUUCCAUGCUAGGUGGCUGAUUCACAUCCAGGUCUUCCUGGUACAGGAGAACGUACAGGUUUUCUGACAACUGUCUGAUUUUGGAAUGUGAAAAGAUUUUGUAUGAAACUGUAAAUAUGUUUGUGCCUUAAAUGAAUGGGGAAAGAGGGGGAAGGAAGUCUGGAGUGGAAGUGUCUGGCCCUGCUGUUUUUCAGGGUGAAGGCUCCCAGACAGCCAGGCAUGAGCUCUGUGUGUUCAGGAAAUAACUUUCCGAGGCAACAGCCUCUCCUUGGAUUGGUAUUCCAUGUUUUUUUCCCUCUUUCCCUCCUCUAGUUGUGCAGUUUCUCAGCAUUAGCUCCCAGGAGAUGGAGGUUGGAGAAGAUUCUUGCUAGCCACGUUUGCGUAUCUUGUUCCUUAAAAGGUGGGGUGUUCUUGCAUGUCAUAGCUGUCUGCGCAUGUAGAGCUGCUUGGUGUUCGUUGUUACAUUGUGGGGGUGGCACUGGGGCAGUCAAAUCAUCAGUGGACCAUUCACUGAGUACCUCAGCCAGUGCCACAAAAUCACAGCAUCCUUCCUCUUGUGCUGCAGCUCAGCGUGAAAUAUCUGCCAGUGUGGAGACUGACGAGAAAAGGGUAAAACAUAAAGCAUAGAAAUGCACAUUUUCCUUUGUUCUGAUCUUUUGGCUGGAGGAGAGAUUGGGAUGGAGGGCUUCUUGUGAAAUCAAGUGUAAAAAAUGUUCUUUGAAGAAACAACUGUGGCAUCUUGUGCCAGAAUUUAAUUCCUGGAUUUUUUUUCUAAAGAUGUUGGAAUAUGUUGGAAUCCAAAGCAAAGAAAUAAGCAUGCAUAAAAACAAUCUCCCUGUUGCUGUCCAUAUAGGUAUUUAUAUAAUAUAAAACUAACAUUUACUAGAGGAUUUUUUUUACCCUCACAGAUAAGAGCUUCUUGGCUGCUUGUAAGCAGGUUGAGCUCUGAUUGAGGAAAUGGGAGAAGGGAGUAUGUUUGGAUACAAACAUGACAGAAAUACUGAUAUUUUACAGGACUCUACAUGAAUUCAAUGCCCAGUUAGGUACUGGCAGGAGGGGCUCUUUCUGUGUUUUUUUUUCUGUGCUAGAACUAUGCUGUGGAUCUCAGGAGCCUGAUUGUAGGAUGUGGGGAGGAGACUUUUCAGACAUUUAUCUGUUGCAGGCGUCCUGUACACGCAGCAUAGCAGCUGUGUAUGUGAGGAGAAGGGCUUUUGCAGUAUUUUGCAUUCUUGUUACCUAUGGGAUGGAGAGGAACUGUUCGUAGUAUUUUUACCACGUGUCUGAAGAGGUGGCACAAAGGGAUGGGACACAAAAGAUGAAGCCAUCGAUUCUUGCUAGGCUACUUUCCAGUGAUCUCUUCAGGUCAAACGUUUUACAAAGUCUGGGGUGAGAUGAACAGGGAGUUUGUGCUCUGUGAUAACGCUCUCUUCAGACCCACAAAAUAGAGAUAAAACCUCCCUGCUGGACAAGCAGUCCGGGUAUUCAAAUGAAAAAAAAUGUAGAUAGACUCUGUAAACCUACAGCAAGAUUAUUUUUAUCAGCCAUUUUAUGUGUAGAUGCUACAGUGUGAUUCCAUGCGGAAAUACUGCUAAAGAUUUUAAAAAUAUAGACAUUGUGUGUAUGCGUGCGUCUGCGUGUGUGCGAGGGGGGAGGUUUCAUUCGCAGCCCUGCUCUGAGGGAGCCGUGGCACCCCUGCUGCAGUGCAGUGCUCUUGGGCCGCCUGCAGUCUGAACGGGAGGAUGCACUUCAAAGAAGAGAUCUGCUAUUUCGUUUCUAUCCAUGGGUUUUGUUGUAAUUGGUUAUGCUGGAUAAGAUGUCACAAUACCACUGGUUAAAAAUAAAACCUAUUUUUCAGAUUUA